AUGGAGAACGCCUAUCUCCGCUCCCCAGCGGAGGCUCUGGGUCAUUUCAACGUCUCUGAGCACUCUGGUCUGUCUCAGAGCGCGGUUCUGAAGUCCAGACAACAGCAUGGCCCCAACGCCCUUGCUGAGGAAGCCCCGACUCCCAUGUGGGAGCUCAUUUUGGAACAGUUCAAGGACCAAUUGGUUCUGAUCCUACUUGGUUCGGCCGCUCUGUCGUUUGUCCUCGCACUCUUCGAAGAGGGUGACGAUUGGACUGCAUUUGUGGACCCCGUUGUUAUUCUUACCAUCCUCAUUCUCAACGCCGUGGUCGGAGUGACCCAGGAAAGCAGUGCGGAGAAGGCUAUCUCGGCCCUCCAGGAAUAUUCGGCCAACGAGGCCAAGGUCGUUCGCGAUGGAAAGGCUUCCAAGGUCAAGGCUGAGGAUUUGGUCCCCGGAGAUGUGAUCCAGAUUGCGGUGGGUGACCGUGUCCCUGCCGACUGCCGACUGCUCGCCAUCCAAAGCAACAGCUUCCGCGUCGACCAGGCUAUCCUGACCGGUGAGAGUGAGAGCGUUGGAAAGGAGACCGCGGCCAUCAAGGAUGACAGGGCCGUCAAGCAGGACCAGGUCAACAUGCUCUUCUCCGGAACCACUGUUGUAAACGGCCAUGCCACCGCUCUUGUUGUGCUGACCGGUAGCUCGACUGCUAUUGGUGACAUCCACGAGAGUAUCACUGCCCAGAUCUCCGAGCCCACCCCCCUGAAGAAGAAGAUCAACGAUUUCGGUGACAUGCUCGCCAAGGUUAUCACCGUCAUCUGUGUCCUGGUGUGGGUUAUCAACUACCAGAACUUCAACGACCCCUCGUUUGGUGGCUGGACUAAGGGUGCUAUCUACUACCUGAAGAUUGCCGUCUCCCUGGGAGUCGCUGCUAUUCCCGAAGGUCUGGCUGUCGUCAUCACCACCUGCUUGGCCCUCGGUACCCGCAAGAUGGCCCAGAAGAACGCCGUUGUUCGGUCUCUCCCCUCCGUCGAAACUCUUGGUAGCUGCAGUGUGAUCUGCUCUGACAAGACUGGAACUUUGACCACCAACCAGAUGAGUGUGGAGAAGAUUGUCUACCUGUCCAACUCCGGCAACGGUUUCGAGGAAAUCGAUGUCGAAGGCACCACGUUCACCCCCCAGGGCAAGCUCUCCCAAAAUGGAAAGGUCCUUGAGAACUUGGCUGUUUCCUCUUCUACCAUUGGACAGCUCGCCGAGGUCACUGCCCUUUGCAACGCUGCUACUCUUUCCCACGACCCCAAGACCGGAGCUUUCUCCAGCAUCGGUGAGCCCACCGAGGGCGCUCUGCGUGCUUUGGUUGAGAAGAUUGGAACCAACGACACUGCGUUCAACCAGAAACUGGCUCGCCUCCCUGCCUCCGAAAGAUUGCACGCCGCUAGCGCUCAUUACGAGUCCCGCCUCCCCCUGAAGGCUACCUAUGAAUUCUCCCGUGACCGCAAGAGUAUGUCCGUCCUUGUCGGCGAGGGCAAGGAACAGAAGCUGCUUGUUAAGGGUGCCCCCGAAAGUAUCUUCGAUCGUUGCUCUCACGUCAUUCAAGGCUCCGAUGGAUCUCGCGUUCCUGUCACCAAGAACCACCUCAAACAACUCUCCGAGGAGGUUCUCGAAUUCGGUAACCGUGGUCUCCGCGUUAUGGCCAUCGCAAGUGUCAACGACGUCUCUGGUAACCCCCUUCUCAAGAACGCGUCCACCACCGAGGACUACGCCAAGCUUGAGCAGAACAUGACUCUCAUUGGUCUGGUUGGAAUGUUGGACCCCCCUCGUGUCGAGGUUGCCGCUUCCAUUCAGAAGUGCCACGCUGCCGGAAUCCGUGUGAUUGUCAUCACUGGUGACAACCCCGCCACCGCUGAAUCUAUCUGUCGCUCCAUUGGUGUUUUCGGCCCCAACGAGGAUCUUACUGGCAAGAGCUACACUGGUCGCGAAUUCGACAACCUUAGUGAAGGCGAGAAGCUGAAGGCCGUCCAGACUGCUUCCCUGUUCUCCCGUACUGAGCCUAGUCACAAGUCCAAGCUGGUUGAUCUCCUUCAAUCCCUGAACCACGUCGUUGCCAUGACCGGUGACGGUGUCAACGAUGCCCCCGCCCUCAAGAAGUCCGACAUUGGUGUUGCUAUGGGUACUGGAACUGAUGUGGCCAAGAUGGCCGCUGACAUGGUUCUGGCUGACGACAACUUUGCUACCAUCACCGUUGCUAUUGAGGAAGGCCGUUCCAUCUACAGCAACACUCAACAGUUCAUUCGCUACCUGAUCUCUUCCAACAUUGGUGAGGUCGUGUCUAUCUUCCUGACUGCUGCUCUUGGCAUGCCCGAGGCGCUGGUUCCCGUGCAGCUCCUGUGGGUCAACCUUGUCACUGACGGUUUGCCCGCCACUGCUCUCUCCUUCAACCCUCCCGACCAUGAUGUUAUGAAGCGCCCUCCUCGCCUUCGUGACGAGGCUCUCGUCGGUGGCUGGUUGCUGUUCCGUUACAUGGUCAUUGGUGUUUACGUCGGCGGUGCUACCGUCUUCGGUUACGUCUGGUGGUUCGUCUACAACUCCGCUGGUCCCCACAUCUCUUUCUCGCAACUGGCCAACUUCCACAAGUGCUCCUCUCAGUUCCCCGAGAUUGGAUGUGAGAUGUUCAGCAAUGAUAUGGCCAAGUCCGCCUCCACCGUCUCUCUCUCCAUUCUCGUAGUGAUUGAGAUGCUGAACGCGAUGAACGCCCUGUCCUCCAGCGAGUCCCUCCUGACUUUCUUCCUGGGCAACAAUCCCAUGCUCAUCUACGCGAUCACCCUCUCCAUGGCCCUCCACUUCGCCAUCCUCUACAUUCCCUUCCUGCAGAGCUUGUUCUCCAUCCUGCCUUUGGACUGGAACGAGUGGCAGGCCGUGCUGGUGAUCAGUGCACCUGUAAUUCUGAUCGACGAGGUGCUCAAGUUCGCUGAGCGCCGUCUCUACAACACUAAGGCUGUUAACCCGGCCCUGAACGGCUCUGCCGGCAAACCCAAGCGGGCUUAG